AUGAAACGAAAUAAUAUUAUAGAACACUAUGAAAUUUGUCGAAAAUAUACUAAAUGGAGUGUUCCGAGAUUAUUAGACGAAAAUCAACAUUUCGAAGAUAUUCACGAACUCAUGAACAUGUUGUCAAAAAAGUUAAAGGGUGGAACUAUUCCGAUUCCAAGACCUCCGACUAUCAUUUACCAUAAUAAUAUAAAAAUGGGAAAAGUAUUAGGAAAAGGAGCAUUUGGUGAUGUAUUACAAGCGAGAAUAACAUUUCCAGGUGGAGAAGUUCGAGAAUGUGCUGUGAAAAUGAUUCGAGGAGAUGCAACGAGAACGCAGAUUGGCGAGUUCUAUCAAGAAGUUCAUAUUAUGAAGUUAUUUGAUAGUCCCUAUGUAGUUAAGCUUUAUGGAACGGCAUGUUUAUUGACACCUGUUAUGGUUGCAAUGGAAUUAUUACCUGGAGGAAGUGUAUGGAAUUAUUUGAGGUAUCACAUUGUUGUAUGAAAUAAAUAAGUAACUUGUAAAUAUUUUCAGAAAAAAUGAAAAUGUGAGUUAUGGUAAAAUGUUCGAAAUGGCAUGUGACAUCGCUAAAGGAAUGACACAUUUAGUUGAUUGUCAAGUUAUUCAUCGAGAUUUGGCAGCUCGAAAUUGUUUGCUGACUGCAGAUCAUCGUGUGAAAAUAUCAGAUUUUGGUCUAUCGAUUGAAGCAACUCAAGUUAUUGUCAAAAAAUUGAAACAAGCUCCAAUUCGAUGGCUCAGCCCAGAAACCCUUACUAAAGGAAUUUUCAAUGAAAAAACUGAUGUUUGGUCAUAUGGAGUUGUUCUUUGGGAAAUAUUCACCAAAUGCGCCAAUCCACCAUUACACCCAAAAACCCAAAAGGAAUCAAUUUUGGUUAUCAAAGAAGUGGAAAAUCCACACAAUUUAGAAGAUGAGAAAGAAGUGAAUGAAAUUAUAGCAUCUUGUUGUAACAAAAAUUCAUCCGAUCGUCCAAACUUUGAAAAAAUUAUAAAAUUAUGGGAACCUAUGCUCAAUAAUACAAAAAUAAUCGAUGUAAGCUUUUUCUAGUUGUUUGAAAAAAAAUCAACAUUUUUCACACAGAAAAUUCCGAAGAAAUCCCAGUCGAAGGAUAAUCUAUCAACGAAAGAAAAAGCUGAUAAAAAAGAAAAAUCGAAAGAUACAAAAGGCAAAAAACCUUCGAAGUUUUUUUCUCACGCUAAGAUAACUCAAUAUAAAAAUUAA